CCGCCGGCUAAAGCUAAAAGUGAGGGUUUUAACCAUAGUGAAAGAAGGGCUAUUGUGGAAUAUUUUGGACGGAUGUGAGAUUCGAUGCCGAUUUACACAGGUUACAGAUAUUAACCAGCUCCAGAGUUGAAAUACUAAUGUAAUGAAACGCAUUAUGUGUCCCGGUUUGUUAUUAAUUACAGUGUACGUUAUUGUGUUGGCAGCGAGUACAAGCUCUGAAUCUGGUGCCCAUUUCACAACAGCCCACCAAUGAAGGUUAGCAAUAUUCCCAUCAUCCUAGAAGAAGAGAAACUCCACAUCUGUGACAUGCUAUGGUAAAGACUGAGCUUGUUAAAGUGGAGAUUGAUGACAUGAGUGAUCCAGAAACAUCCAGAAACAAUUAUGAAGAAACCGAGGAAGAAACAGAUCGGAUGGAAGUGAAAGAGCAAAGACAAGAACUAAACGAGGAGGAGGAACAUCAUAACUUCAAAACCCGAAGAAAAUCCAAAAAGCAAAUGUAUCGCAGUUGUCAUCCACAUUUUGAUCAUCGGAUGGAAGUGAAAGAGCAAAGACAAGAACUAAACGAGGAGGAGGAACAUCAUAACUUCAAAACCCGAAGAAAAUCCAAAAAGCGGCACAUUUGCUCACAGUGUGGAAAGAGUUUCAGACUUAAAUUAGGUCUCAGUAAUCAUCUGUGGCGCCACUCUGGAGAAAAGCCAUUUAACUGUGAUCAAUGUGGUAAAAAGUAUACUUCGUUAUCAAAUCUAAAUCUUCACCUGAAAGUUCAUUCAGAUGAGAAGCCUUACGUGUGUUCUGUCUGUGGAAAGAGUUUCUCUCGGCUGGACUGUUGUAAACAGCAUCAGAAAACACAUGAUGAAGUGAGAGAUCAUGUGUGUUGUGAGUGUGGGAAGAGCUUUACUACAGCCGGUCAGUUGAAACAGCAUCAAAUAAUUCACACUGGAGAAAGACCUUACAAGUGCUCCUAUUGUGACAAGAGUUUCACUCAGCCUGGAAACCUGAAAUCUCACGAGCGUGUUCAUACUGGAGAGAAGCCGUACCAAUGUACUCAGUGUGGAGAGCAUUUCAAAUAUUCAACUAUUCUCAAUGAUCACAUGCGCAUUCACUCUGGAGAAAAGCCAUUUAACUGUGAUCAGUGUGGUAAAGAGUUUAAUUCAUCAUCAAAUCUGAAAAAACACCUGAAAGUCCAUACAAAUGAGAGGCCUUAUGUGUGUCCUUACUGUGGGAAGAGUUUUUCAGUGUUGGUCAGUUGUAAUCUGCAUCAGAAAAUCCACACUGGUGAGAAAGAUCACUUGUGUUGUGAGUGUGGGAAGGGCUUUACUACACUUGGCCAACUGAAAUGCCACCAAAAGAUUCAUACUGGAGAAAAACCCUACAAGUGCUCAUAUUGCGACAAGAGUUUCACUCUGUCUUCGCAACAGAAAUCACAUGAACGAAUUCAUACCGGAGAGAAGCCGUACAGCUGUACUCAGUGUGGAGAGAGUUUUAGACAUUCAAACUCUUUAGUGAAUCAUAUGAAAAAGCAUUUUCCAUCAAGUCCAUCCAGUUAGUGGGGAAGUCGUGGCCUAAUGGUUAGAGAGUCGGACUCGUAACCCAAAGG